AUGACUUUUCCCAUAGGGUACGAAUCUCAUUACUUCUCCUCCUCCUCGUUCUCUUCGCUCACCCACAUAUCUCUUUCGCAUCUCGGCCUGCAACAUCCAACGGUGACACCGGCGACCUGCAACACCAGCAACACCGACGAUCAGGAGAAUAAAGAUUAUGCCAAAUUUAGGAACACAGAUUUGAUCAUAUUUGAUGAGAAAUAUGCUAUUUUGUUUUGGGAUUCUGUUGCCGUUGGAGAUCAGAUUAUGACUCAAUUACAAUUUCAAAACAAUAGCAAUCCAAACGAAGAAAAUAUGGAGGGCAAAGGAGAUAGUGAUGAAAUCAACUUAGAUGAUGAUGAGCCUCUUUUUACUAGUCUCCAUGAAAGUAGUUCAAGUAAAAGGAAGAGGUCUAAGUCUGUUUCCAACAACCGUCCAACCAAGAGUAAAAAUUCAAUUUAUGAAGAAAAAGUUGAUGCUUUAUUGGAUGCCAUAUCAUCAAAAAGCACACAAACUUAUCCACAAAACAAUCUGUCCCCAAUAAUAGCAGAUUGCAUGACAAUUGUCAUCAAGUUCCCUGAUUUUUGUGAAGGGUCCAACAAUUUUUCACAAGCAUUGUUUGUCUUCAUCAAAAAGAAAAAUCGUGAAGCUUUUAUGUUUCCAACGAUCGAUGAAGCCAAGAUGGAGUUUCUUAAGAUGGAUAGUUAUGAUUCUAAUUCAUCCAAUGAUAAUGAAGAAUGUGUAAUGAAAGAGGAUAGAGAAUUUGAAAUGUUAUGUGGAUUGGCUUUGAAAGAGAUAAUACUCACUCAUAACUUACGUACACCAUGUCACACUUCAGAUCGCACGGGGCACAUGUUUAUUACAGAAGUACUAAAUGGCCAUCCUAGACGUUGUUAUGAGAUGUUUAGACUUAAUGUACCGGUUUUUAGACAGUUAUGUUUAGAUCUUGCUACAAAUUACGGGCAACAACAAACACGAAAAGUAUCUAUAGAGGAGACUAUAGGAAUAUUCUUGAUGACUUUAGCGCAUGGGUGUAGCAAUAGAUUUGUCCAUGAGUUCAUUCGGGGGAAACGAUUCCCAGGCAUUUCCAUACAGUUUUGGAAGCCGUGCUAA